CUUCAGUGAUCGCACCCAAGCAUGGGCUAGAAACCAGCUUGUUGCUUUUAGAUGGACUUAUUUCACACCAUUACGCAGACCAUAGACAACGUACUGACUUGUGACUGGUACGACACCUUCAAGAAUUACAAAAUGAGCAGCUCAGAUUCCGCCGAUAAAACUAUGGAUACAGUGCCAGGAGGCGAAACUCCGCAAUACGAGUCCAUCAAGACACAAACGCUCCCGACCUCAAAGCAGAGAGGCCAGCUCGGCUCUGGUCCAAAUACCUCUGAAGAAGCCUCGAUAUCGGAUGACCGUGCACAAAAGACAGCCGACAAUAUUCGAUAUGGCCAAAACAUCUCGGAAUUCGGUGUAGGAGGGAAGACAAAUUCUUCGAUUGGCUCCGCUGGUCAAGAAGGUGGUUUCGGUGGUACACCAGAUCAGAGCAGCAAACAACCAGACUCGCGACCGAAGCAAGGUUACGGCCCCGGUUCUGGUGUUGGCGCCUGAAAAUGCAUCGAAGUGGUGAGGAUCUUGUAUUAUAAGCACAUAUCAUGGCGAAACAUGGACGGUCGUUGGUGGCUUGUCGAAGUCGGUAGAGACUGACUGGGGAGGCCCAUCCGCCAUAGGAGGAGUAACAGGUUGUUCUGGUACCUUGUCCUUUGGUUCAACUGGUCUCUUGGCUUCUUUCAGCGACUCGAGGGUCACUCCCUUGCCCAACUUUGUGAUUCCCACCACCGGUGGAUCGCCCUUUUUGACGAAUUCGUACAACCCGGGUAGUUUGUUUCCAGCCAAUCUAAAGGCGUCUCGCACGACUUGUUCGUGAAUAUUUC